UCACUACCGACGAGGUCGAACAUGUACGUCAGAGGGGCAGGUUGCUUCUGGCACGCGGAAUCAAAUUUCCCGGACCGGAGGGGGGCGUCGAAAUGCUGCUUGAAAUGGACUUUGGGACUGUAAUAACUCAUUGUGAUUGAGAACCGAGGGCAGCAGAGAUAGGGAGUUCAAGGGGGCGACACGAUGGAAAGACUCAGAGAUGCCGCUCGUCUCGGUCCACAUGGCUCUAUCGAUGACUCUCUGUAUACACGAUUGGUUCAGCUCCUGUCAAAAGUCGCUUCUCAGCAUUGGAAAGCCAUACUUCUCGGACUAAUCCUUGGAUACCUUGUCUUCUUCCUCACUCAAUCACAGUCCAGGACCAAGUCUCGUAAAGGCCGGCGCGGGACACCCACAGCCCUCCUCGUCGGACCACAGGACGGAGGCAAGACAUCCUUGUUUGUCAAUCUGGUGCAAGGUGAACAUCCUCAGACACACACUUCUAUCCAAGUCAGCGAUACGACAUUUGCUCUCUGUUCAUCAGGAGCCUGUCGACAGAUCAGGCUCGUGGAUGUUCCUGGUCACCCUAGGCUCGCCGAUGAAAUCAAGAAACACCUAGAGGAUGUAUCUGCCGCAAUAUUUGUCGUGGAUAUCGUUGGACUGGUGAGAAACUCAGCGCAAGUGGCAGAACUGUUGCCUUCUCUGCUCACUCUGCUCGCGUCUACGGCCUCUCAACGACCUCACGGCGAUCCAAUCCAGCUGUUGAUCCUGUCACACAAGACUGACCUUUUGAUUCGACCCUCACCACCGGCAGGCAUUCGACCUGUAAUUCCCGAAUCCACACGGACGACCGCUCUAGAACGCCUCAAGACCAUCUUGACACGCGAGAUGGACAGGUUAAAAUCAGCUCGAGGGACCCAAAGUGGCAAGAUUGAAGGCAUGUCCCGUGUCCCUUCCUCUACCACUUCAUUCUGGUCCCGAUUAUUUGGCGGCUCCAACGUCGCUGUAUCGAGUGAAGGGCUGGAAAAUGAAGAUGCAGAGGGAUUGAUAUGGGGUGGGAAGGGGCCUUUCUCGUGGAAUGAUGUGGAGGGUGUAGAGGUCAAGUGGGGCUGUACAGCGUUGGGAGGAGCGAAGAGCAGCAGUACAGCAGCAGAGAUGAAGAUGGCCAAGGAGGAGAGUGACGAAGAAAAGGGACCGGAUGGGUUAGAUGAUCUAAGAGACUUUCUUCUUCUGGAAAUGUGAUGCAUGGGGUCCAUGUA